AUGGCGUCAACUACUGCUUUUCCGGAGGAUGAGGGUAGGACUGACUACGCGCAAGUGAUGCGCGGCUUGGUGGCCCGAGCUUUUGCCAGCAUACCGACGUCCCUUCGGAGGAAGUUGCUGGAAGCCGACGUCCGGCCGGAGUGCACGGCGGGACUCUUGCGGACUCUGCGCGGCUUCCAGAACCUCGACCCGUGGGCGCUGAAAUUGUUCGACGCGUCUGGCAAGUACCCCACGGGCCUGUUCGGGGGCACCCGUGCGGAUAUGGGAGCAUUCGACGAGUGCCUCAGCAUCGUACUACGCGACGGCUAUGGCAACAUGCUGUCGCGAGGGCAGUAUUGCAACCUGAUGGUAUACGUCACGAACGGCUCAGCCAUGGAGGAGAUGGUUCAGUCAUUCUCGGAUGUGUUGCACCCAAGGCUACUAUAUUUCAGGAACUAUUUUUCCUACACGAAGCUUCCUCUUGGUCGCCUGGCAGUGUGCUCUUUAAACGACUGCAACCAACAAGACAUGCAAGCCUUAGUGGCCAUCGGUGCUGUGUUCGCAUUCAUCGCGGCCUUUUCGGCGACGUCCAACACCGGCAUGCUGCUCAAGGUUGCCGACAAGAAUAAGCCAGACCACUACGCCCUGCAGUUUCUGCACGGCAUGCGCUUUUACGGCAUCGUCCACGUAGCCCUCGGCCACUGCGGCUCGGUAGUGUCGGACACGUGGUCUGGGCUCCUGAACGUGUUCCUCCUAUCAGACAGGUGGUCAUUUAUGAUCAUAACCGCUGGGUUCAGCAGCGUCGACACGUUCUUCUUUCUGAGGACUUGCAUUCCACUGUUUUUCAUCAUCAUGUGCCUGUACGCGCUUCAGCCCUUCGUCACGGGUCCGAACACGAAGGCGUUCUUCCAAGACCUGCACAAGGAGGUCGCCUCUCAUUGGUGGCACUUGCUUCUACAGAUCCGAAAUUUCGAUAGAAUCAGCGAACGUGAUGUCAUACCACACAUGUGGUACCUGUCGACGGAUUUCCAGCUAUUCGUCGUCUCUCUUGUUACACUGCUGAUAUUCAAACGCAUCAUGGUGCGAACUCUCAACGAAUACUACAUCCAGCCCUACUAUCACGCCGUGUGCUACUUCGGCGGCUGCAUGACGUACCUCGUCUUAGAUGACUUCAAGGAGCGGAAGAUAUCCAAGGUACCACUUAACUGA